CAAAACGGGGAAGAUGAACAGACAGAGAAAGGUCCUUGUACAGAUGCUAAUGGAGGUGAAGGUUGUACAGCUGCUAAUAUGGAGGUGGACAAUUUAGGAGACCAAGAAAAGCCUCCUGUACCCAUGAGGCCUGGCAUUCUUGUCCAGAGACAGAGUAAAGAGGUGGUGGCCAUACCCUUAGGAAAUGGAGAGGAUGUGGAGGAUGAAGAAGAAGACAAAAUAAAAGAGAAGCAAAAGCCCGAGACUGCUGGCGAAAACGGUCAGGAGGAUGACUAUUUGCAAAAACCACCCAUCCCUGUCACUGGAAGUCCUUCAGCUAUUGGUAACCACAAAAGACCCUUAAAAGGAGUGACAUUUUCUAGGGAGGUAAUUGUUGUGGACCUUGGGAAGGACAACCCUGUAGCUCGAAGCUAUACUCGAUUACAUAAAGAGAGAAAAUGAAGCUCAGAAAACACUGAGAGUGAAAGAAAUGUAACCUUAGACUAACAGUGAAGUGACUGGGGUACAGAAUCACGUUGAAACAGCAAAAUAAUGAGGAAUUAAACAAAUUCAGAUAGUAUUUUACCUUUGUGCAGAAAGAAGUGGACUAUGUGCAAAAUUCUGUAAGUAAAAUAUCCAGAGCUUGAAUAUAGAUUUUUAAAAAGUCAAAUCUGAGUUCAAGAAGUUAAUUGUAUUAAGUGUCCUUAAAAUUCUGUCUACUCAAACACUGUCAUAACAUGUGAAUAAAGUUAUUUGUGUUUGUGCAGAUGUCUUUUAGGUAAAUCAUGUUCAAGGGGGACUUUGGCAACAGUACAGGUUCUUGAUGCUUUGAUCACAGGCAUUUAUGACCAAAUAGUAUUACCGCUGUCAUCAUGGAAACUUCCAAUAGCUGGGA